CUACGUGGACGCGCAGCGCGAGUGCACGCACGGUGCAGCCGAUUGUAGUCGGUGAGAGAAGAAGGAGAGAGCGGUGCACAGAGAAGCUGUGGGAGGAGGGCGACGUGACGGGAGCACUCAAAACAGCUGCUCCCAGCUGGACUACGACACACACACACACACACAAAACCCUGGAUCUUAUGUACGGCGCGUUUGGUGGUUGGAGCAGACGGAAAGGUGGCGCGAACCCUUUUACGCACGACAGCGUUUUCCUGCGGUGAAACAGGGGCGACUUUUUUUUUUUUGGACAGGAGACGCGCGGCUCGCCUGCUCUACCUCGUCGCAGCGAGGAGGUUGACGGAGGAGCGGACUGAAGGCACCGUGGAGGAGUUGGGAUGUCCUGAGUCAGUCCUCCGGGCCCAGAGAGCGGUGUGCUGAUGGGACCUGCUGCGCCACCAUGAGCUUACAAGAUGGCAGCUGCGGCUACGCCAGCAGCGCCAACAUGGCCACCGCCACUGGCAGCAUGCGGCGGCGCCUGGAGGACCAGGAAUUCACCCUGCGCGUCUAUCCGGGCUCCCUGGCUGAGGGCACCAUCUAUUGCCCCGUCGGUGCCCGCAAGAACACCACAGCUGCUGAAGCCAUCGAGUGCCUCAUUGACCGGCUGCAUCUGGAACGGACAAAGUGCUAUGUGUUGGCUGAGGUGAAGGAGUUCGGUGGGGAGGAAUGGAUCCUGAACCCGGGCGACUGCCCUGUCCAGCGGAUGAUGUUAUGGCCGCGCAGUGCUCUGGAGAAUCGCAGCGGCCUGGGCAGCGGCGACGACUACCGCUUCCUCCUGCGGGAGAAGAACCUGGAUGGAUCUAUUCAUUAUGGGGGCAGCUUGCAGAUGUGGCUGCGAGUGACAGAGGAGCGCCGCCGCAUGGUGGAGCGGGGUUUCCUUCCCCAGCCUGCGGGGAGCAACCCUCCGUCCGACCUCUGCGCUCUGCCCGAGCUAACGGAACGCGCUAUUUUGGAAAGCCUUCGCGCACGUUUCCGCCAGGAGAAGAUCUACACUUACAUUGGGAGUAUUCUUAUUGUGAUUAACCCUUUCCAGUUCCUGCCAAUCUACAAUCCUAAAUAUGUCAAACUGUACGACAACCACGCACUGGGGAAGCUGGAGCCUCAUAUUUAUGCUGUUGCUGAUGUGGCAUAUCAUGCCAUGCUACAGCGAAGGAAAAACCAGUGCAUUGUAAUUUCCGGUGAAAGUGGGUCUGGGAAGACCCAAAGCACCAAUUUCCUUAUUCAUCACCUGACUGCACUCAGUCAGAAGGGGUUCGCCAGUGGGGUGGAGCAGAUCAUCUUGGGAGCCGGGCCAGUGUUGGAGGCUUUCGGGAAUGCCAAGACGGCCCACAACAACAACUCCAGCCGCUUUGGCAAGUUCAUCCAGGUCAACUACCAGGAGAGUGGCACUGUCAGAGGUGCAUAUGUGGAGAAGUACCUGCUGGAGAAAUCACGUCUGGUUUAUCAGGAGCACAAUGAGAGGAACUAUCAUGUGUUCUACUACCUGUUGGCUGGAGCGAGUGAAGAGGAGAGGAAAUCCUUCCACCUUCUUCAACCUGAGGAAUAUCACUACCUCAAUCAGAUGACAAAGAAAUCGCACAAACUCCACUGGGACAAUUACUAUGAGAGCGAGCUGGACUGCUUCACCGUGGAAGGAGAGGAUCUGAAACACGACUUCGAGCGGCUACAGCUGGCCAUGGAGAUGGUCGGCUUCCUCCCCACCACGCGCAAACAGAUUUUCUCCCUGCUGUCUGCAAUCCUCCACCUGGGCAACAUCCGCUACAAGAAGAAAACCUACAGGGACGAUUCAAUCGACAUCUGCAACCCCGAGGUCCUGCCCAUCGUCUCAGAGCUGCUAGAGGUAAAAGAGGAGAUGCUACUUGAAGCGCUGACAACCAGGAAAACUGUGACUGUCGGAGAGAGACUCAUCGUGCCCUACAAACUCGCCGAGGCGGGCACUGUGAGGGACUCCAUGGCCAAGUCACUGUACAGUGCACUGUUUGACUGGAUCGUGUUCAGGACCAACCACGCCCUGCUAAACAACAAGGACCUGGAGGACAGUUCAAAGAUCCUCUCCAUUGGCGUCCUAGACAUCUUUGGUUUUGAGGAUUAUGAGAACAACAGCUUUGAACAGUUCUGCAUCAACUUCGCCAAUGAACGACUUCAGCACUACUUCAACCAACACAUCUUUAAAUUGGAACAGGAGGAGUACAGGGCCGAGGGCAUAACCUGGCACAACAUCGACUACAUCGACAACAGCGGCUGCCUCAACCUCAUCAGCAAGAAACCCACAGCUCUGUUCCACCUGCUGGACGAGGAGUGCAAUUUCCCGCAGGCGUCCAAUCAAACCUUGCUGGACAAGUUCAAGCGUCAGCAUGAAGGGAACAGCUACAUCGAGUUCCCCGCCGUCAUGGAGCCGGCCUUCAUCAUCAGACACUACGCCGGUAAAGUCAAGUAUGGAGUCAAGGACUUCAGGGAGAAGAACACCGACCACAUGCGUCCCGACAUUGUGGCCUUGCUGAAGAGCAGCAAGAACGCGUUCAUCUGCGGCCUGAUGGGCAUCGACCCCGUGGCGACCUUCCGCUGGGCUGUGCUGCGAGCUUACUUCAGAGCCAUGGUGGCUUUCAGGGAGGCGGGCCGCAGGCACACGCACAAAAAAACAGGGAAUGAUGCAGCUGUUCCCUGCACUGCUGUCAAAACUGUCGAUAGCUUCAGUUUCCUCCACCACCCGGUUCACCAGAGGAGUCUCGAGAUCCUUCAAAGAUGCAAAGAUGAGAAGUACAGCAUCACUAGAAAGAAUCCUCGCACCCCUUUGUCUGACCUUCAAGGCACCAAUGCUCUGAAUGAGAAAGCCAGCAGGGAUGGCUACGGUGUUGGCUGUAACGGUCGCAGCUUCAGGUCGAGUCGCCUGUCGUCAACAGGAAGUCCCGCUCUGGAAGAAGACGGGAUUUUCCUCAAUACGACCAACAGCAAACUCCUGGAGAGAGCUCAGGGUAUUCUACUGAGAAACAAAAACUGCAAAAGCAAGCCGGCCCUUCCCAAGCACUUGUUGGACAUCAAGUCUCUGCGCUACCUGAGCAGUGUGACGCUGCACGACCGCAUCACCAAGUCUCUCCUUCACCUGCACAAGAAGAAGAAACCGCCCAGCAUCAGUGCACAGUUCCAGGCGUCCCUUAAUAAGCUGAUGGAGACGCUUGAUCAGUCGGAGCCUUAUUUUGUCAAGUGUAUUCGAUCCAAUGCUGAGAAGCUGCCGUUGCGUUUCAAUGACAGUCUGGUGCUCAGGCAGCUCCGAUACACGGGUAUGCUGGAAACCGUCCGGAUACGCCAGUCAGGAUACAGCAUCAAAUACACCUUCCAGGACUUUGUGCAUCACUUUCACGUGCUGCUGCCUCGAGGCACGAGCGCGACCAAGUCAGGUAUCAGGGAAUUUUUCAGACGGAUCCACCUGCUGCCUGCUGGGUACCAAGUGGGCAACACAAUGGUGUUCCUGCGGGAGGCAGAGCGUCAGAGACUCCAAACCCUCCUCCAUCAGGAAGUCCUGCGGCGAAUCGUCACACUGCAGCGCCGCUUCAGGGCCAUGCUGGAGAGGAGGCACUUUGUCGACAUGAGACAAGCUGCCUGUGCCAUCCAGCAAUGGUGGCGAUGCUGCCUUUAUAAACAGUCCGCCAUGGAUGCGGGCAUAGAGGAGGGCGCUGCGGUUUGUCUGCAGGCGGCAUGGAGGAGCUACGUGGAGCGCAGGAAGUUCCUCAAGUGGCAGGAGUCGGCCGUUGUCAUACAGAGGAGCUGGAGGAACUGCUGCCGCCGCAGGUCUGUGGCGGCUGUGACCGUUCAAACGGCCUGGAGAGGAUUCAGAGAGAGGAGCCGCUACUGUCGGACACUCGGGGCGGUGACACAGCUGCAGACGCUGGGCAGAGGAUACCUGGCUCGACUCAGGUUCAGAAGCCUAAAGGAACAGCAUGGCAAACUCGGCAGUCCAGUAGCAGAGGUGAAUGCAGUGACCAUGGAGGACCUCACCUCAUCAGGACAGGAAAGAUGUGUCCAGGACAUUUCUGCUGGAAUGUCUGAACACCCCAAACCAGUUUUGGUGGACGUGAGAGAGACAGACAGAGACGAGACCUCAGAGCGAAGCAAGAGCAUCGAUGAGACCGGCCAAAAGAGCCGGUCAAAGCGAGAGAGCAGGCGGAUGAGAGAGCUGGAGCAGGCUCAGUUCAGCUUGGAGCUUCUGAAGGUCCGCAGUACCAGUCUGGAAUGUCCAGUGCAAGAGGACUCCGUCAUCGACGGCAGCACCUCUCAACUGGACGAACAUCACAGACUUUCCCCCCGAGGAUCCCCAGCUAGUCAAGGAAGUUUUGAACUUCUCAGUGACAUGGAGACUGAAGGCUCUGGAGGUUUGACUGCUCGUCAAGAACAAUCCCAAGCUCCAGAUAUUUACCCACUCGAGAGGCUGAGAGACUCAAACUAUAACGAAAAGCCAAUCGUGGAGGUUCCCAGGGCAAAGUUUUAUAUUUCUUCUGACCAAAGUCCAAUUCAUGAGCCAAAAUUUGAAAGCCCCAGCAAAUCUUACAAAGAGCGAAGGGAGUCCGCAUCUCGAAGGCCAGUAGUGGUUUUAAUCAGUAUGCAGAAGGAGAGUCCUGUUGAUGAGGAGAAGCUGCUGACAGCCCAGACCAUAGAACAGGCUCCUCAAACAGGAGCAGCAGCAUCUGACUCUCAAAUGACACCCAUUGCAGGCUUGGAGGUGGGAUCAGACAUCAAGAGUACGGGUGAGACAUUAACCCAGGUGAGAAGAGAUAUAAAUGGGGUGAACAAGCCACUGAUUGUGCACUCCUCAGCCACUCAAGGACCAAGUCCAGAAGCCCCAGGGCUUUGCCCCUCUGAGGUGGACAUCCAGAUCGUCCUGGAGCCAAAGCCGGAUGUUCCCCCAGAUCAGCAGGAAAAGAGUGUGGUCCAGCCAGUACAGGCUCCCAGUGUGAUCCUGGAAACCAAACCACCCAAAGCCCAGAAGAAGAGCUCAUCCCAGACUGUGAUCGUGAACAUGCUGGAGAAACCGUCCCACACGGUGUUCUCCCCGCCCAGACGCAAGCUGCCCUUCUCCAAGUCAGAUAAGGAUUUGGUGAACCAAGAACGAUCUCUUGCCAUGUUCAGAGACGACUCUAAAUCUGCUGGAUCCAGAAACAGAGAGCAGGUAGGCCGUCCGGGCCCUAAAAAGAAAGCUCGAAUGUCCCGGACGCGCUCCGACUUCCUCACCCGCUGUAACUCUGAGGGAGCGACGCAGUCGGACGACGACGACGAAUACUACAUUCCCGCCCACUCCCACACGCUACCCCCCUCCCUGUCUCCCACACACACCCAUCCCGAGGCUGACUGUCACAGUGACUCAGAGAUGCCGUCUCAUAAGGACCAGAAGAAGAUCCAUAAGACGAUGUCAUCGGGAGACCUGGGCAAGGUUGAGGUCCUCAGGAAAACCUCCAGCCAUGACGGAAGCAGGAUGAGAGGGAAGAUGCGAUUCUGGAGCAAGUCGAAGCACGGAGAGAAAAAACUGUCCCGAGAGAAGCAGACGAGCAGGAGUGAAUCUGUAGAAACACAUGAAGGCCCGUCUCCUCCCCGCAGUCCGGACCUGGAGGCAGCGUCCUCUCAGGGAGCGAGGGACAGUAACGAGAACAAGGAGCCGUCUCCUAAAAUGAAGCGGCGGCGCAGCGUGAAGAUCAGCAGCAUCGCUCUGGAACCCGCGCUGUGGCAGAACGACUCGCUGCACAUCCUCUCGUCAGCCCACGACUACCGCAGCAUGAACGACUUCCUCAUGAAGAAGAUCGCUGACCUGGAUUCUGAGGACAGUAAGAAAGACACCAUGGUGGACGUCGUCUUCAAGAAGGCACUGAGGGAGUUCAGGAUCAACAUGCUCAACUCAUACUCCACUGCUCUGGCUAUGGAUGACGGGAAAAGUAUCCGUUACAAGGAUCUGUACGCACUGUUCGAGCAAAUUCUGGAGAAGACCAUGCGUCUGGAGCAGAGGGACUGGAGUGAGUCACCGGUCAAAGUGUGGGUGAACACAUUUAAGGUCUUCCUGGAUGAAUUCAUGACUGAGUUCAAGCCCAUGGAGGGAACCGUCGGCAGGACUCUUAAACGUGAGCGCAAAAAGUCAAGAAAGAAGGAAACGGACAUUGUGGAGGAACAUAAUGGCCACAUCUUCAAGUCAACCCAGUACAGCAUUCCCACUUACUGCGAGUACUGCUCAUCCCUCAUCUGGAUGAUGGACAGAGCCUGUGUCUGCAAACUGUGUCGCUACGCCUGCCACAGGAAGUGCUGCUCCAAGAUGACGACCAAGUGCAGUAAAAAGUAUGAUCCGGAGCUGUCGUCCCGACAGUUCGGGGUCGAGUUGUCCCGUCUGACGAAUGAGGAGCGAUUGGUGCCACAGCUGGUGGAGAAACUCAUCAACUACAUUGAGAUGCACGGCCUCUACACAGAGGGGAUCUACAGAAAGUCGGGCUCCACCAAUAAGAUCAAAGAACUCCGUCAGGGGCUGGACACAGAUGUGAACAGCGUAAACCUGGAUGACUACAACAUCCAUGUCAUCGCCAGUGUUCUCAAACAGUGGCUGCGAGACUUGCCCAGCCCUCUCAUGACCUUUGAACUGUAUGAGGAGUUCCUCAGGGCCAUGGGUCAGCCAGACAGGCGGGAGAUCAUUCAGUGGGUCUAUUCAGUGAUCGACCAGCUUAGCAGGACACACUUGAGCACACUGGAGCGCCUCAUCUUCCAUCUGGUCAGGAUCGCCCUGCAGGAGGAGACUAACAGGAUGUCAGCCAACGCCCUCGCCAUCGUGUUUGCUCCCUGCAUCCUUCGCUGCCCGGACUCCAUUGACCCUCUGCAGAGCGUCCAAGACAUCAGCAAGACCACUGCGUGUGUGGAGCUCAUCGUCAAUGAGCAGAUGAGGAAAUACAGAGCUCGCCUGAAGGACAUUAGCAGUCUGGAGUUUGCAGAAAACAAAGCCAAAAGCCGACUGACCCACAUCAGGAAAUCCAUGAAACCCGUACUAAUUGCUGUUAGGUUUAUGAGCAUAACCCGCACUUCCACCCCGAGCAAAGGCCGUGUUCGGCAAUGCACCCCCCCCCACGUGUUCUCGCCUCCUCUCAGCCCCCGGGCGCCCCCUGAGGAGGAUGGAGAGGGUGCAGGAGGAGGAGGAGGAGAGGACACACCGGAGGCUGGGCUGAACGAGGAGCAGCAGCUGGAGAUGCAGCAGGAGGAGCGAAUCCUCACUGAGCAGAUUGAGAGUCUGCAGAAAGAGAAGGAGGAGAUGACAUAUGAGAUGUUGAUCCUGGAGCCACGGGUUUCUGAUGAUGACACUCCUGAAUCUGAAGCAUCUAUUGGGACAGCAGACAGCUCAGAAAAUAUCACUAUGGAAACCAAAGGAGCCACCUCUGACCCCUUCGAACAUGGCACUUAUCGCUCCAGAAAGUCAGAGGCAAAGAGCAGACGGCCUUUGCGCCGUCAGCCUGACUCCCAGGACUCGGCAGACUCCACCUCCACCAUCUCCUCCUCAUAUCACCCGUCCUCGUCUCUCUCUUCUAACGCCUCCGGCUCUCCGUCCCCUCACUACCGGUUCCGCUCCUCUUCCUCUGGGCCAUUGCUCACCUCCUGCGGGUUGGGUGCCCCACUGGCCGAGACAGAGGCAGGUCACAGAGCCGGUAAGACCCAGCACAGGCUCAGGCUGAGCCGCAGCUCACCGCGCGAGCCCUCGGGAACUCACCGGAGGGAGUCUGACUUCGGCUCGGGGCCACAGCAGCUGGUUCUGUACGGCAGCAACGAGUUCAUGGUGUGAAGCUGAGGAGGAAAAGAAAUGCCGGCCGCCGCCUGUGUGAGCGCAGGAGGAUGCGCGAGUAGGGGAGGAGGGAGAGUCCGGGGUUUGACGAGGCUGGUCAUGGGGCGAGGCCUGCUGCCCCUCCUCAGUUCCCAACCCCGCCUCCCCUGGUCCAGUCAAAGCUGUGGAGAGAAUAGAAGAGAUGACUGGACAUCAUUACAAAGAGGGACACAACAACAUCAGUGGUCACAGGAGGAGGACUGACAGCUAAUGUGAAUCGCAGAAAGAAUAAAGUGAAAAGUUUGUUGGCCCUCUGAUCUCAGUGCUGUUUGACCCCUGCUGGAGCACCAGGGGGGAAGGAGUGAAGAAGAAGAAAAAGAGAAAUGAGAAGGAAAGGUAAUGAGACACAGACAAAAAAAACAAAAACAAAAAAACCCUCCUGCAAAGCCAAAUCUUGUAGUGCCCUGUCAUUGUGUUUUUUUAGCAUGUGGUCAGGUGGGUAAAGCCACCGUGAAGAAAUGUAGCCAUACUGACUGAACUGGUGGACAUUUUGUCUGCACCCAGUGCUGAGCUAAGUCUGCUUUUCUCGUUUACAUGGGACACAACAGCCAAGAGGCUGCAUGCUUCUCUGUCACAUUUCCUAGUUGAGAUUUGAUGAAACUGUACAGAAAUAUGUCACAGCUCUAUGUUAUUAUUAUUAUUAUUAUCAUUAUUAUUAUUAUUAUUAUUAUUAUUAUUGUUGUUGUUAUUAUUAUUAUUAUUAUUAUUAUUACAGUUACAGAGGAAAAAAGUGUAGAUAGAGAGAAACUCCAUUGCUGCUCCAGGGUCGUGCAUUGUUGAUCACAUCUUUAUUCCUGUGCUCUGGGUUAUGAAGUGAAGUGUCUUGAAUUCAGGUUUCACGAUCGUUUCUGUGCUGGUUUUGUCCACAUUGGUUUUUUUUUUUCCCUCCUUCGCGAUGAGCAGAGCCAGUUUUAGGGGCCCUCGGGUUACAGUCCUCAGAAAUAAUAGAAGGAAAAGCUGUUGAUCCGUGCGACGUGCACCUGACCUUAGGCGUCAAACACCAGUCAGCCAUAAGUGUUUCGUGUCGGGUGUUCCCUGUUUUUCCAUCCGUUUCUUUCGGAAGCAUCAGUGUUACUUUGUCAGGACUUGAAUUUUUGUUUGCUGUAUUGUACAUUGUUAUUGAUAUCAAAGAUGUCUUUUUUUUUUGUCAAUAUUUUUUCAUAGUUUAUUUUUGUUCAUACAAAAGCCAUUCUUUUUCCUGUCUUGUGUGGGUGAUUAUACGUUUGUGUGAAUGAACGAGUGAUUCAUUCCUGCCACUGGACCAGCUCCUGGUUUGUGCACGUGUAGUCACCUUCAGACACAAGCGACAUUCAAUUGAAGGCGGAAAUCCUUUGCAACAAUCAAGCGACACUACGUCUAAUUUAUGAAAUAUUCAUGUCUGCACUCAACGACUCACUCAGACCGUCCAUGUUGUCCUCUGAGCCAUUCACAACACACUCGUCCUUUGUUUAAGCGUAGCUCUUCUAUCCUCUUCCUUCUCGGCUCUGACUGUGAAAAGUAGCAUUUAUUUAAUCUGACUGUAAAGCAGACUAACAAGUAGCACCGACUCAGACCGUCUUCACGUUUCAGCCAUAAUCUAACACUGUGUCCGUCUCUGUCCAUUCAGUGAGGUUAAGUUUUAUGGGCCUACUCACUAGCUUAACAGCAAUGAUGUCUCCGUAUUAAAGCUGCAAUAUCCCUCCUUGCUUGCUGCGUUUGUGGUCAGAUACUUUUGGGGCGACUUCUGCUCCGGUCUCACUAACACGUUCAGUUUAAUCGACUUGUCCUUGAAGCUGGACAUCUCAGCGAGGACCGCGCUGAUCUCAGUUUUAAUGCAGGUGUCGAGACUUGCUUUCUUUUUCUAAUGUCGACUGUCGACCUGUUCAGAAGAAGAAAACAAAAAAAGCAGAGGGGAGAUGAGACUUAUUCCUGGUCAAAUAUCUGGAGGCAGGUAUUUGAAAGGAUGGUAUUUGUACAUGUCCAUGCUGUCUACAUGUAUAUUCUGCAAAAAACUAAGGAAAAAAAAAAAAAACAGAAAAAAAGUGAAUGUACCCUGUCACUGGAAAGCAUGCUCUGCUUUCUCUGGUUGUCUUUGUUCCUCUUUUAUACACAGUGUAUGUACUAUUUAUGACUAUGUUUUGGGGUGUACAUUGAUUUAACAGAAUAUGUUAUAAAAGGUGUUAUAAAAGGAUAUAUUAUCCUGUGUACGGUUCAUUAUCUACUAUUAAUCUUGGCAACAUUUUAUCAGGCCACAGUCGGCCUGUCAUGUUUGUGCAACAAAGCAAAAAGAAAAAAAAAAAAAAGUCGAGCAUUGCGUCUUUGUUUGCGCCAAUCUGGACACGGUUAUGUAUGUUCAUUUUUUUUAUGAUACAAACAUGUCUAUGGUUGUAAGAAAAAAAAAAGACUGUAUGGGGGGGAAAUUCA